UGCCGAGAUGCGUUGGAAUUCUUAAAGAUACGGACUUGAGAAGUCAAAUUUAGGAAACAACCAAUCGCCUAUAAAUAUACAAGGCUAGAAAUCACCGCUUGUUAUUACCUCUGUUUUCACAUCGCUCUGUCCUAUUUCUCUCUCUGAAGAUAUAUAUAUAUUUUCUCAAUAUUAAGAUUUAGGGUCGAUUUGGGCGUCUCCGGCUGAAGAAAGAUAGGUUUUUGUGCAGUGUCGAGUUCGCCGCAUAAUUGCAAUAUAUCGUAUCCAGACAGGUUUGCUAUCUCUCGCGCGAAUUUAAACGUUCUUCAAUACAUCCUUCUGCUCAGUUUGGCUUUUAGGUUUGCAUAAUUUUCGUUUUCUGAUUAUUUAAUCGGCGCCAAUGGGACUUCGGGAAUGGAUCUGCUAUGCUUCGACUUCGAUUGCAUCGGAUUUUCCCGCUUGUCCGCUGUGGAUUUCUGUGCUUUUCCAACUUUUACUGUUUAGGGUUUCGUGAUUGUAUAUAAAUAUUGGCCUUUUUCAAAACAAAAAAAAAAAAUUUUUUUGCUUCGUUUAUUUUUCUUGCUGAUUUUUUUGGGCACAACGGUUUAGCUUACACGGAGUCUAAUUGACUGGGGAAAUCGGGGGUUUUGACGGUUGGAAUUGAAUUGAGGCUUCCAUCAAAGGGCAUAAAUUUGGGAGCGAGGAUCCGCCUCGCCUUUCCAUCAAUCUGUGUAGCUUUCUCUUUAUCUCUUUAGUAUCUAAUCAGCCGAUGGUGGAGUUUUGGUACUGUGAAGGUGGAUUUCUUUUGUUGGAUAAUUGGUCAGAGGCGAGUUUUGGUUCUUUUAAGCUCUUUAAGCUAAAGAAUUUAUUUUGUGCAUCCGCAUGCAAGUUCGGGUUCUACAUGAGAAUCAGAGAUCAAGGAUGAAACUUGAUAUGGGAUUUAGUUGUUUUAGUCAUUGGUUCUUGAAAUUUAGGAAUUUGAAUUUGGAUGGAGUUAUUAAUACUUGGUGGGUGAUCGUCGUUCUCUUCAGAUUUUUUUGAUUUAGAAUGAUGGAUAUCGAGACGGGAGGCUAUGGGAGGACAAACAGACCAGUUUUUGAUCGACUUGAAGGACAGCAGUCGCAGCACCUCUAUGUCAAGAAUCAAGUCUGUAAAUUCUGGCUUGCUGGACAGUGCAACAGGAACCCGUGUAGGUUUCUUCACUCACAUUCACCAAACCCACAGCCACAACCUCAGCAAUCAGAUGACCCAAAUGCUAAUUAUGGGAACAAAAUUAAAACAACUUGGAGGAACCCCAACAUCUCUGCCUCCAAGAAUGUGAAAGUUUCUUCUCCUAUGAAUGUGAAAGUUUCAUCCCCUGGAGUGGUGACCUCUGAUGUUAAUUGUGGUCAUUCGGGUCAGAGGGCUCAGCAAAAGCUAUGCCAGUAUUGGGUUACGGGAAAUUGUGUUCAUGGCGAUAAAUGCAAGGAUCUGCACUCAUGGUUUUCUGGCUCUGGGUUGGCCUUGUUGACGAAGUUGGAAAGGCACAAUAAGGCUGUUACUGGUGUUGCCCUUCCAUGCGGUUCUGACAAGCUCUUUUCUGGCAGCAAGGAUGAAUCUGUGUGCCUUUGGGAUUGCAACACUGGCCAGUGUGUUGGUAUUGUUAAACCUGGUGGGGAGAUUGGAUGCUUGAUCAGUGAAGGUCCAUGGGUGUUUGUGGGUCUGCAGAAUGCUGUGAUGGCAUGGAACAUCCAGACCCAGACAGAGCUUCUCCUUAGGGGACCAGUUGGCCUAGUUAAGGCCUUGGUUGUGGGUGGUGAUAUGCUCUUUGGUGGUGCACAGGAUGGUUCCAUAUUGGUGUGGAAGUCCACGUCAGAGUCCUGUUCCCCUGAACCGGUGGCUUUUUUAAUGGGCCACAGAUUAGCUGUGCUCUCGCUUGUUGUGGGAGCUAAUUGCCUCUACUCAGGUUCCAAGGAUGAAAGCAUAAGAGUGUGGGACCUGAAAACUUUGCAGUGUCUGCAAAUACUAAAUGGACAUAAGAAUUUUGUCACGUCUGUCCUUUGCUGGGACAAGUUUUUGCUCUCUGGUUCAUUGGACAACAGAUUGAAGGUCUGGGCAGCAACUGAAUUUGGAGACUUGGAAGUAGUCAAUGAAGUGGAAGAAGACAAUGGUAUACUUGCGCUCUGUGGAAUACACGACGCAGAGAACAAACCCAUCCUGCUUUGCUCGUGUAAAGAUAAUUCUGUCUGCCUAUACGACUUGCCAUCUUUUGCUGAGAGAGGCAGAAUAUAUGCACAGGAAGAGGUCCAGACAAUUGCAGUUGGUUGUGGCCCCCUGUUCUUCACCGGCGGUGCUGCAGGGGAGCUGUCUGUUUGGAAACUGCAUGGAGAUGCAAGUGGAAGUGUUGGAUGUUCAUGAGAGCCCAUAGGUGGCUGGCUUUCUUUUUUGGGGAUUAAAAUUAUUGUCGCAUAUAUGGAAUUUUAGUUUGUUUACUGUAUCAUUUGCCAAGGUUGUCUAACAGUCUUGUAACGAAAUAGCGAACAAAUCAGGCUUUCUUUUUGUGUGGGAGGCAUCCCAAUUUGUGAUCUCACGUGUAAGGUACUUUCGGGAAAGGGGGAAUAUUCACAUUUCACUAUCAGAAUCUAUUUUUUUCGUUACUUGCA